UUCUACCAUCCCGAAUCAGGAAGUGUGGUCACGGAGUGCUCGGGGAUCUGUUUCUGCGAUGGGAAGGCGAGCAGAUCCCGGGUCAACGUUGUUGUUUGAGAUGUAGAGAUGGAGAACGAAGACCCUGGCUUAUCUUGUAAAGGGGAAAUGGAGCUCCCUGACGAGAAAUGUGGGCUGGAUCCUACAGACAGAAAUGGGGAUGACUCCUGUUCUGUCUCAGAGGAGCAGGAGGAUGUACCGGCUGCCCCAAAUAAUGGACCCAUGAGUGUGGUAAUUGACAAAGUGAACGGGCAGGAGGAAGUAAGAGAGACCCCAGAAGAACUGAGUGACAAAGAUGUGUCUGAUUCAACCUCAACUGACAAUACUUGGGAAGAUUCGAGUGAGUUUCACCGACAAAUGAUGAUAGGAGAUGGACCAUCAGGAGAAGAGGAAGCGGUGAUACAGUCACGCCUGGCUACCUACCGAGAUGAAGACGUGACUGCAGAGAGUUGGCGGGCACACAGGAAACAUGUCUUCAUUUUAAGUGAGGCUGGGAAACCCAUUUAUUCACGUUACGGCAAUGAAGAAGCCCUUAGUUCCACCAUGGGUGUCAUGAUGGCACUGGUGUCAUUCAUCCAAAGUGGGGAUAACUCUAUUCGCUCCAUUUACUCUGAUGAUCACAAACUGGUUUUUGUGCAGCAGGGCCCCCUGGUACUGGUUUCAGUUUCGCACACCCUACAAUCAGAGCAGCAACUACGCCAGGAGCUUUUGUAUGUCUACGACCAGAUCAUCAGCAUGCUUACUCAGGCCAGCAUCACUCGCAUCUUUGAACGGAAAAAGAACUAUGACCUCCGGCGUUUGUUGACUGGCUCAGAGAAGAUCCUUGAUCGUUUGCUGAACUUGGUUGAAUCAGAUCCUUGUUUCCUCCUUGGAGCUGUCCGCUGUUUACCCCUUGCCGCCUCCCUCCGGGAUUCCCUGGGCACUUUGCUCCAAAAAGCCAUCACCCCAAAUCUGGUGUUCUCUAUUUUGGUGGCUGGUAGUCAGUUGGUCACCACAGUGCAGGAGAAAACAGUCAUUGAAGAUUGCCGAUUAGAACCGACCGACCUGCACCUGUUACUCAAUCUCAUUGGAGCAACUUCUGCCUUUCAAACGGGGGAAAUUUGGACACCUAUUUGCUUGCCACGUUUCAACCCUGAUUGUUACUUUUAUGCUUAUAUUUCGUAUUUGGAUUCAGAAUGUACUGUCUGCCUCAUCCUUCUCUCUACGGACAAGGACUCUUUCUAUUCUGUCUCGGAUUGCAAGAAACGCAUUGAGGAAGGCAUGAAGACUCAGAACUAUCUGCAGGCCCUCUCAAGUGGCUUAAAGAGCCCAUCCUAUAGUGUAGGACUGGUGGGAGUGCCAGAUCUUCGGCACUUUAUGUAUAAACCUCUGGAUAUACCGGAUAAUUACCGACAGCUUCCACAAUUCACCAGUCCAGAACUGGAGGGGCCAUAUUGCAGAGAGAAUGAACGGCACCGACUCUUCGACCUCUACCACUACCUUCACGACCGCAUCCACAGUACCUCACGUCCUUUACGUCUCAUCUACCAUGUAGCUGAAAAGGAGACUUUAUUGGCUUGGGUUACAAGUAAAUUUGAAUUAUAUACCUGUUUCAAUCCUUUGGUGACGAAAGCUGGUGCCAUCAAUGUCUUGACAAAACUGUUGCGUUGGAUAAAGAAGGAAGAAGACCGGCUCUUCAUCCGUUACCCACCCAAGUAUUCCACUACACCUAAUCCUGGGAAAGGAAGCAGGGGUCCCCGAACAGAUGGUACAGAGAACGGCUUCUUUGGAGGAGGUCACUAGACCAAGGACUUCCAGUUGCUCUCAAAUGCAUUCUGAAUGCGUGCCACCCUACAGAUAGCCCUGGAUGAUGGAACCGUUCUGUAAUCUGGGGGAUCUCCUAGUCUUGUUUUCUAAACCAGGAUGGGAUGGUGGAUAUGAGAAGGAUUGGAGUUUACCAGGCUGAGCUGGGUCACAUCGUUGGAGAUAAAUCCAGAAAGCUUUAGCCUGAUGUUUUAAAAUAUUUUUUCCACUUAUGGUCUUUAUUUCUAGGGAGAUACUGAGUCAGAUGGAGAUCCUGAGAUUGACUGGAAAUAGAUAAGGAGGCUUUGGCUGAUAUAUCUUUGGAAGUGACGUAUAACUGGAAAUUGCAGAAUUUCACAAGGAUUGUGCUUAAAUUAUAUUGAUGCUUGUGAAGCCUAGUGGGUUUACAUUUCUUACUACUCCUGUUAUCACUGGGUAAUUGCUUUGUUUUCUCCAUUCAGUUUCCUCUUCUUCCUUAGCAAUUUACUUGGGUGCUUUGCUUGUCUCAAAGAAUAGUACAAAUGGGGUAAUAAUGAAAAGAGAGCCACACUGGGAGACAAAAAAGUUAAUCUUAGAAAAGUUUGCAAAUACUUGCUGCUUUCUGAUACAACUGUUUGAUUGUCCACAGUUCUUCUGGAAUGUGUGUGCAAAGCCCAUCACAAUGUGGUGAUUUAUUGGAAGGCUGGCACUUUCAGACAGUGUGCAAUUUAGUAAGAUGAUUUUCUAUAAAGAUAGCUGAUUUGAAUCAUUUUAAUGCAACUUUGGGAGUAGGUCAAAAUGCCCAAUUCCAAAGAGUCUUUUAUCCUGGAACUAUCUCGCAGUAUUUUUGAUGAACAUACAUGUUGCAUCUUCAUGUUGUACUAUAAUUUACCCUUUGAAUGACAGAGGCUGCUUCACCCUUUGUUCUGUUACCACGAGAAGGUAUAUAAUGUGUGAUAUAAUGUGGUAUAUAAUAUGUGAAGGGUAUUUUGUAGUCCUUUGAGAAAUUUGAUGUCUGUAUGUAAUGGCUCAACUUGGACAAUGUAAUUGAUUAUGAUGGCAUUUUGGUUUACUUUUUAAUGUCUUCAGUUUGAACCUAACUGGAUUUAACUGUUCCUUUGCCUUUCUUAACUUUCUUCCUGUCUUCCUUCCUCUUCCUCUGUUUCUUCAUGUUUUAAAAUUCCUAUGUGCAAUUGGAAUACACUGCUCUUAAAAGGAUUCUUGUAUUUUUUCCCCUAUGUUGAGAUGCCACUGUUCUCUUUUCCCACCUCAUAAUUAGGAAGACACAUAAUUCCAUCAUAAAUUUACUUUUAGAUUUAGUACCGACAAAUAUCACUCUUUCCAUGUCUGCCAAAUUCAAAUUUUGUCUGAAUAUACUAGCAGAUGGGAAAGUAUUCUCGGAAAGUGACAUCACUGACAAGUAGCUGAAUUCUUUCCCUUCCUGAGCAGUUGUUGCUCUGCCAUGCAAAAUGUUUUCUGUAUAAAUUAGUUGCUCUUUUGCUGGGUCUUGUGUGUCUAUUCAUAUUUGUGAAAAGUAAGGCUUAGGUGUUGGAGUAUAAUCCUAUCCCUGUAUCAUAUCUUAUGAUGAAGGAGUGGGAGAGAGAGUAUGUGUGUGCAUAGCGAGGGAAGACUUCAUUUAAUCUGCAACUGUGUAAGUGUGAUGGUAGUGUGAGUAUAAAAUGGAUUUGACCCUCUUUGCCAACGGUGAAGGAAGUGAAGGAAUUACGCUGUUUUGAAUCUGUUGCUAUUCAAUUCCUUUCGGUGAUCCAUGAUUGCCUCUGGCUGCAAUUUUUUUUUCUAUCCAUAAAAGAACAACACCGCUUGUAUGCCCUGGCUGGCUGAUACUGAAAGUUUAUAUUUCUAGCUGAGCUGAUACAGUGAGAACUGGAGACAUCUGAUGACAUGCCAACAAAAUCUGUUUUAAAAUCAGCUCCAUCUUGGCAUGUGUGUGUUCCUUUUUUUCCAUCUGCCAGCACCUUCUGCAAAAAGAUAUCUUUAACUUGUAAGGAUUAGCUGCAUUCUUUCUUUCAGGCAUCCUUUGUGGCAACGUUGCAAGUAACAAGGCAGAUUCUUCACAUUGUUAAAGUAUAAGUCUACUUUAAUUGUAUGCAGUUAAUUUAUUUAUACCUAUAUCAAAUCUGGAUAUAAGGAAAAAAGCAA